GAAAUCGAAUUAAGAAGAGAGAAAAAGAGAUGUAAGCUUCGAGAAAAUAACUCCUGGAGAUAAAUAAGCCUCCGUUUUCGUUUCUCUUAGGCCAAGAAAACUUUGAUCAACAUGCCCGAGCCGGCUAAGUCUGCUCCUGCCCCGAAGAAGGGCUCCAAGAAAGCCGUGACCAAGGCCCAGAAGAAAGACGGCAAGAAGCGCAAGCGCAGCCGCAAGGAGAGCUACUCCAUCUACGUCUACAAAGUGCUGAAGCAGGUCCACCCCGACACGGGCAUCUCCUCCAAGGCCAUGGGCAUCAUGAAUUCCUUCGUCAACGACAUCUUCGAGCGCAUCGCCGGCGAGGCUUCCCGCCUGGCGCACUACAACAAGCGCUCGACCAUCACUUCCCGGGAGAUCCAGACGGCCGUGCGCCUGCUGCUGCCGGGGGAGCUGGCCAAGCACGCCGUGUCCGAGGGCACCAAGGCCGUCACCAAGUACACCAGCUCCAAGUGAGCAUGUGUUCAGAAAGGGGCGGACUUCCCCCUCACCAAAAAGGCUCUUUUCAGAGCCACCUACCUAAUCCUGAAAAGAGCUCUAAUGCUAGCAUCACUACC